CAAGCUGGGGGUGACCCAGGCGGACGUGGGCUCCGCGUUGGCCAACUUGAAGAUCCCGGGGGUAGGCUGUCUUAGCCAAAGCACAAUCUGCAGAUUCGAGUCCCUCACCUUGUCCCACAACAAUAUGGUGGCCCUCAAGCCCAUCCUGGAAGCGUGGCUGGAGGAGGCCGAGCGGGCUCAGAGGGAGAAAAUGACCAAACCCGAGAUCUACACGGGGGGCGACAAGAAACGCAAGCGCACCUCCAUCGCUGCCCCCGAAAAGCGGUCGCUGGAGGCCUAUUUUGCCGUGCAGCCGCGACCUUCCUCUGAGAAGAUCGCCGCCAUCGCUGAGAAGUUAGACUUGAAGAAGAACGUGGUGCGAGUCUGGUUUUGCAAUCAGAGACAGAAGCAGAAAAGGAUGAAAUUUUCUGCCACCUACUGAAAAUGGGGCUGGGAGGG